GCCCGGCGAGCGCUCACCGCCCCCGGGCGCGGCCGCCCCAGGGCAACGGGGCGGCGACACGAGGAGGAGGAGAAGAAGAAGACGGAGAAGGGAGCGGGGCCGCCGCAAGGACCCCGCGCCCGGUGCGGGCGGUGCGGCGGCGGCGGAUGUGCUGCUGGCGCGGGGGGAUGAUGCUGGCGGGGCCGCAGCUGGUGGCGGGGCCGGCGGCGCCGGGCGGAGAGCGGGCCCGGCUGCUCUCGCUCUACGUGCAGGACUACCUGGAGUGCGUGGAGUCUCUGCCGCUGGACAUCCAGCGCAACGCCUCGCUGCUGCGGGAGAUGGACACGCAGUGCCAAGAAGCGCUAAAAGAAAUAGAUGAUGUCUAUGAAAAAUACAAGUCAGAAAACGAUCCUGUUCAGAAGAAACGCUUGCAGCAGCAUCUUCAGCGGGCAUUAAUCAACAGUCAAGAACUUGGAGAUGAAAAAAUUCAAAUAGUUACUCAGAUGCUAGAACUGGUAGAGAACAGAGCCCGUCAAAUGGAGACACACUCUCAGUGUUUCCAAGACCUGUCUGAGAACGAAAAGCCUCUAGAAAAGGCCAAGAUGGAGUCGUGCCAGCCAGAGAGAUCCUCACGCAGGCCUCGUCGCCAGCGAACCAGCGAGAGCCGCGACUUGUGCCACAUAGCCAAUGGCAUCGAUGACUGUGACGACCAGCCACCAAAAGAGAAAAGAUCAAAAUCUUCCAAGAAGAAAAAACCGCGCUCCAAAGCCAAACAGGAGAGAGAGGUUUCACCUGUAGAAUUUGUAAUUGAUCCCAAUGAACCGACUUACUGCUUAUGCAGCCAAGUGUCUUACGGCGAAAUGAUAGGAUGUGACAAUGAACAGUGCCCUAUUGAGUGGUUCCACUUUUCCUGUGUUGGACUGACAUACAAACCAAAGGGGAAAUGGUAUUGCCCCAGGUGCAGAGGAGACAAUGAGAAAACAAUGGACAAAUGUACUGACAAAUCAAAAAAAGAUAGGAGAUCGAGGUAGUGAAAACAAUUUGUUUUAGAGUUGCUCCUUUUAUAUUAAAAUGCUUCAUUUCCACAGAACAUUGUUUUAGGAAAUGCAUAAGACUAUGCAAUAAUUUUUAAUCUAUAAUAUUAAUAUUAAAAACUG